AUGGCGCAUCUGAAUGUCAAACCGGAUCCGGCCUUCCUCAAGCUGCAGGCUAUGCAAAAGAGCCGGCACCACUUUUUCAGAUGGACUCCCCGUGCUGCCAGGCUCACGUUCAUCUACGUGGUUGCCGUACCCGCCCUGUUCGGAUAUGUCGCUUAUCAGACCGACGGCCUGUACAACUUACGCGCCAAGAGAAGAGGAGACACCAUUUACGAGCGAUGA